AUGAAAGAUGUGGAGCAAGCCGGUCUCUGCAUAAAGAUCAACCCGUCGUUCAAUAAGUCCAUGAGGACAUCGGGGACCAUAUAUGUUGAUGAAGAACUAAGGAAGCCCCUGAUUGAAGAGUUGAAUGCUGGGGUAACUCCAUCUUCUAUUGGCCAGAUAUCUGAUGUUUGCUCUUUGCCGGGGCUUAUAGGAAACGUUAUAGGGCUACCGGACAUACAUACGGGAUAUGGGUUUCCGAUUGGAUGUGUUGCAGCAUUUGACAUCAACAAUCCCGAGUCUGUUGUAAGUCCAGGCGGGAUAGGAUACGACAUCAAUUGUGGAGUUAGAGCACUGAGGACUAACCUUGACAUAAGCUGCUUCAAGGAGAAGGCCGAGUCUCUUGCAGAUGAGCUGUUCGGGAUAAUACCCACUGGAAUGGGAAGCGACAAGAGGUCAAAUGUCGACUUGGGUGCAUUGGACUCGAUUCUAGACCAAGGGUUGGAUUACCUGCUGAAAUUAAAGGAGAUACCCGAUGAGGAUGCUGAAUAUUGUGAGAGCAAUGGCCGUAUGACUGGGGACAGUCGCCUGGUGGGUCAGAAAGCAAAAGGAAGGGGAUUGAAUCAACUUGGAACUCUUGGAUCUGGAAACCAUUACUUAGAGGUGCAAUAUGUUGACGAGGUAUAUGACACGGAAAAGGCAGAGGUGAUGGGGAUAAGAAAGAAACAGAUAGUCUUGAUGAUUCAUAGUGGAAGUAGAGGACUUGGGCACAGAAUAUGCCACGACUCACUGAUGAGAAUGGCGAGGAUGAGUACUGGAUAUGGUCAGCUUGCAUGCUCUCCCUACAACUCCAAAGAAUCCCAGGAAUACCUUCUAUCUAUGGGAUGUGCAGCAAACUUUGCCUUUGUCAACAGAGCAAUGAUAACUAAGAAGGCUAGACAAGCGUUUGAAAGGGUGUUUCCGGAAGCAAGGCUUGAUCUGAUUUAUGAUGUUUGUCACAACAUUGCAAAGAUAGAGAGCCAUAAGAUCAAUGGGAUGGAAUACGAUGCCAUCGUACACAGAAAAGGUGCCUCCAGAGCAUUUCCUCCAGGCCAUCGAGAUAUUCCAUGGAAGUACAAGGAGAUGGGGCAGCCAGUGGUGGUGGGAGGAUCCAUGGGCACAUAUAGCUACAUCUUAUGUGGUUCGGAGAAAUCCAUGGAAUUGAGCUUCGGAUCAUCAUGCCAUGGAGCAGGACGUGUUCUCUCUAGAGGCAAGUCAAAGGAUUUAUUUACCCAUAAGAAUGUAUGUGAUCUUCUAAGGGAUCAAGACAUAGUAUUCAGGUGUCCUAGCGACCCUGGGAUGGUUGAAGAAUCACCUGGAUGUUAUAAAGACAUCAAUAGAGUUGUUGAUUUAAGUGAUAGAAUCGGGUUGACAAAGAAGGUUUGCCGACUAAAGCCAUGCCUAGUCAUUAAAGGCUAA